UGGCACAUGCGCACUGCGUCAAACGCACUCCUAUGUUGGGACAUUGUGCAGAUUCAAGCCUGAAAAUGCAAACAGCAAUAAAAGUAAAGUAGAAGGCUUAUUUAACACGCGUUUCUUCGGAUCAUUAGGAUUUUACCGUGGGCGAACCAGCAACUAUACACACCAUUGUUGAUAUCAACUCUAUAGGAGCCAUGGUUCAUAGGGUAGAGGCUUUUGUUCGCCAUGAAUAUGCGACCCGAAUGCUUUUCUAAAGUGGGAUUGUACUCAAACAACUGUGACUUAAGCCCAUCUCAAACAAGACACCCAGUUAGUGUCCGAAGAGAGAUUGGAGAUCCUUUUGGUGACUCUCCUGACAGGACCAGACAACAUCCGAUCUUGGACAAGACUGGGUGGAAAGCUGAACGGACUUCAUUGCCUUUAAAGCUUGGCAGAGUGUUGGCUGUCGCUUCAGAGGCUGGCUCUGUGGGCACAGAAACACUGUCAUCUCAAGCUAAACAAAUGGGGGGUGAAGGCACCCCUGUAAAAAGUAAAACUCCUCUUGGACAGACCAACACCAUUGAUAACAAGCCAGAGUUUGUAUCCAUGAAUUCACAUAGUAAUUCUAGAGACCCUGUGGGUGAGAAAAGUGCCAAAGGGUUAGAGACUAUGGGGGUGUCUAAUGAACACUCAGAGGGCAAAAGGACGAAUAUGAGGAAAAUCACCAGUCAUCCUCACGCACAAGCCACUUGCCUGAAACAACUGCUUCUGCUUCAGCUGGACUUGAUAGAACAACAACAGCAACAGCUGCAGUCUAAGGACAAGGAAAUAGAUGAACUCAAAUCAGACAGAGACACGUUGCUUGCCCGUAUUGAGCGGAUGGAGCGCCGUUUGCAGUUGUUAAGUAAGGAACCACGUGACAAGAAACUCUUCCAGCCACUAGAAAGAUGGGUUCCUGAAACAGAUGACUUUUGGGAAUCACAUUUGGGUGACAGCCCUCAAACUCAGGCAUCUAAGUCAGGUGGAAAAGUGCAAAAGAGGAAGUUCAACUUGUUAGAUGCAAAGAAUCAGAGGUCAAGGGGUAAGACCUCAAAAAUGAUCCCCCAAAAAUUAGAGACAGGAGGGACAUCACCAUGUCAGCAUGACCUACGAAACAAGGAGACCCCAGAGAAGACAAAUGUUGUGAAGUCAUCUGGGCAAAUGGACCCGCAGCAGGAGGGAGAAGACGGCAAAGAAACGGAAGAUCUUCCGUUCAUGACAACAACUGAGAUGUACCUAUGCUGCUGGCAGCAACCUCCAGCCUCUCCAUUACGGGAAGAGUCUCCAAAGAAGGAAGAGGAUGUUGCAAUCCCAUCAUGGAGGGAAAACACCAUGGAACCCCUUCAGGAGGAAGAUGCUGCUGACAUCCCUGAAAGUCUUGAUGACAGUGUUUUUCUGAAGAGGCACGCAAAGUUAGAACUGGAUGAGAAGAGACGAAAAAGAUGGGACAUUCAGAGAAUACGCGAACAGCGUAUGCUUCACAGACUGCAGCAGCGCAUGGAGAAGAAAAAGACAAAUGUUCAGGAGAGUGAGCCAGAAUUGUCCUCGUUUUAUCCUGAUGUGGACAAUGUGGAGGCCAUCAUGGUAACACCCUUUCUGCCAGUAGUGGCAUUUGGUCGGCCUUUGCCCAGUUUGCCUCAACAAAACUUUGAGCUGCCCUGGCUUGACGAAAGAAGUCGAUGUCGCAUUGAAAACCAGAAGAAACAAACUCCCCACAGGACCUGUCGGAAAUGAGUUGCACAUAUUCUUGCUAUGUGUCCGAGUUGAGCACCACACAGAGGAAUGCUACUUCAUGUCCUGUGCCAGAACAUGGGGUUGAAGGAGGCAAAGCAGGGUUUGUUCAGUCAGGUGACAGAAUAUUAGCUCAUCAUAACAGUUUUGUGUCCACCUGCCUUCUGCUCGCACAGAGACUGUUUAGGAGAGAAAGAAAUGGCAGCAUUGCAGCUGUGUAUUCAUUUUAUUGUGCCCUGAUAAUAAAGCACUAACUGCCCAGCUUACUGCUAUUUUAGUUCCCUCACAGUCAGUGUGUGGCCUUGAUUAAAUCCUUUUCUUGUACUCCUGUUCUGUGUACUUUUACUGAGGCUAAGUGAUAUUGAUUAUUGCAGGCUCUACUGCAAAUACUGUUUUAAUGUGCACUAAACUGUGGUUAUGGAGUACUGCUGCACAUUUG